AUGUCCUAUACCAACCACACUGGCACCUUUUUCCUGACAGGACUGCCAGGACUUGAAGACAUACAUACCUGGCUCUCUAUUCCUCUGUGUAUAAUGUAUGUGGCAUCUCUGGCAGGGAAUAGCCUGAUCCUAUGGGUGGUGAGAUCAGAACCCUCAUUACACCAGCCCAUGUACUACUUUCUGUCUAUGCUGGCAGUAACUGACCUGGGCCUCUCUGCUUCCACACUACCCACCAUGGCCAUCAUCUAUGUGUUAGGUAUCAGAGAGGUGGCAGUGGAUGCGUGCUUGGCCCAACUCUUCUUCAUUCAUACUUUUUCCAUCAUGGAGUCCUCUGUUCUUCUCACCAUGGCUUUUGACCGUUUUGUGGCCAUUAGUAAUCCACUGCGCUAUGGCACUAUCCUCACCAAUCCACGGAUUAUUAGCAUGGGAGGGGCCAUAGUUGUGCGCAGUGUCAGUCUCCACAUCCCAGCCCCUAUUAUGCUGAAGAAAUUGCCUUACUGUCAUAAUCGCUUACUUUCCCACUCCUACUGCCUGCACCCGGAUGUCAUGAAGCUUGCCUGUGCUGAUACCCACAUCAAUAGUGCUUAUGGUCUCUUUGUAGUGCUCUCCACUCUGGGUAUGGACUCGGUUCUCAUUGUUCUCUCCUAUGGAUUAAUCCUCCACACAGUGCUGUCCAUUGCCUCCAAGGCUGAGCGCCUCAAAGCCCUUAACACUUGUGUGUCACACAUCUGUGCUGUGUUGCUCUUCUACACACCUAUGAUUGGCCUCUCCAUGAUCCAUAGAUUUGGGAGGCGACCUUCCCCUUGUAGUCGUGUACUACUCUCCUACCUUCAUUUUCUCACACCUCCAGUGCUCAAUCCAGUGGUUUACACCAUAAAGACUAAACAGAUCAGACUAAGGCUAUGGCGCCUCUUCCGGAGGGAUAGCAAUGGCAUUAGAGACACUCACGAUCAUUAA